AUGGAAGAAUCUCUAUCAAUUGCUCAUCGUUUCAUUAGCAUUGACUGUGGCAGCGAUGAAGAUUACAUUGACGAGGAAACUGGAAUUCCUUACAAUAACAGUUCUGAAAAUGCAUUCAGGUAUCCAAAUGAUGUCUAUGAUCGCAUCUGGGGCCCUUUACUAUUUGACAAUUGGAUUCCAAUUGCCACAAACUCAACCGUUUAUUCUUCGAGCAAUGAUAACCCUUAUAACUUACCAGAUUUAGUUUUGAAGACUGCUGUCAAAACACAUAACGCUAGCACUCCCCUAAGCUUAUACUUGAGUCCACCAGAUUCUCUUUCAAAAUAUUAUGUUUAUUUUCACUUUGCUGAGAUUGAGAAGCUUAAAGCUGCCCAGCAGAGGGAAUUGACAAUUAAUUUGAAUGAUGAAUGCAAUCUGAUUGAAUCUGUCAAACUUGAUUAUCUGAACCCGAGAACCAUAGUCCAAAAUGAUCCACCAAUUAGUGGAAAGCAGAUUAGCUUUUCAAUACAGGCAGCUAAGGGAACUAAGCUUCCUCCAAUCCUCAAUGCUCUUGAGGUUUUUCAGUCAAUAGAGCUCCCAGAUAAAACAAGUUCCAUAGAUGAUGCUAUCAUGGACAUCAAGAAAAUGUACAAUGUUACUAGAAACUGGCAAGGCGAUCCAUGUGUCCCAAGUGAAUACUUAUGGGAUGGUUUGAACUGCAAUGACAACCAUCAUCCAAGGAUCAUCUCAUUGAACUUGAGCUCAAGCAAUAUGACAGGGGAGAUUGCAAUUUCAUUCUUCAAUCUCAAAGCAAUGCAGUCCUUGGAUUUGUCAUACAAUGACUUAACCGGGCCUCUGCCAGAAUUUUUGGCACUACUACCGAAUUUGAACACCUUUAAUGUAAAUGGGAACAAGCUCACAGGUUCAGUUCUUGAGGCUCUUCUGCAAAAGUUUAGGGAUGGGAAAUUAAUCUUAAGUGUUGGCGAAAAUCCAGAUCUUUGUAUGUCAGUUCCAUGCAAGAGAAAAAAGAAAAAGGAAUAUGUUAUUCCAAUCAUUGCAUCGUCUAUUGCAGCAGUCCUGGUUCUUCUGUUCAUCUUUAGUGCUCUAGCUAUCUGUAGAAGGAAAAGACAAGGAGUAGAUAUGGUCACCAAAUCCAACAUCAAAUCAAAGAAUCAACAUUAUAGCUACUCAGAGGUUGUGAGCAUAACUAAUAACGUCAAAACCAUCAUUGGAGAAGGAGGAUUUGGAAAAGUGUACCUUGGCAAACUGAGAGAUGAAACUCAAGUUGCUGUUAAGUUGCUCUCUACUUCAUCAAACCAAGGCUAUAAGGAAUUUCGAGCAGAGGCACAACUCUUAAUGAUAGUCCAUCAUAGAAACUUGGUUUCUCUUGUUGGAUACUGUGAUGAGGGUGAAAAGAAGGCACUUAUAUAUGAGUACAUGGCUAAUGGCAAUCUGCACCGGCAUUUAUCAGUGACAAACAGAAAUGUCUUAACUUGGAAUGAGAGACUUCAUAUUGCAGUGGAUGCAGCACAUGUUAUAAAUAUAUUAAGAAUAAGUUACCAAUGGUAUAUUGGUGGAGUUGCAAGGUUGGAGUAUCUACAUAAUAGUUGCAAGCCACCUAUAAUCCAUAGAGAUUUGAAACCUUCCAACAUUUUAUUAAAUGAACACAUGCAAGCCAAGAUAGCUGAUUUUGGUUUGUCUAGAGCCUUCACAACGGAAAAUGACUCUCAUGUGUCAACUCGCCCAGCUGGCACGUUGGGAUACGUUGAUCCUGCAUAA